AACAAGGAAAGAAUUAAAUUUUUAUUACCGUAUUUUUUAGUUGCGGUCACAACACCUUCAUCUUGCCACUUCAUGAAAGAUAUAUUGAACUAUAGUAUUUAAGAUGAUAAAGUUUCAUUAUUAUUUUGCCAAGCUUCUAUCUUGAUAGCUACCAAUAAAGGGUUGUAUUAUAAAAGAAGUGCAAAUCAAUAGAUUUUCAGAGUCUCUAUAGAGUAGUUUUUAUAAUGAGUAUACCAAGUAUAAAGGAUUGCGACCUUCAAGAUAAAGUUGUUUUACUUAGAGUUGAUUUUAAUGUUCCGAUAAAAAACGGAGAAAUACAAGAUAAUAUGCGUAUUCUAAGGGUAUUAAAUACUAUCGAGUAUCUAACAAAUACAGGUGCAAAAGUUGUGAUCAUAUCACAUUUUGGGCGCCCAGAAGGUCCUGAUGAUAAUUUAUCAUUAAAAAAUAUCGUUAAAACUUUAUCUCAAUUAUUAAACAAAGAGGUGAAUUUUGUCAAUGACUGCAUCGGUGAAAAAGUACAAAAAGUGGUAAACACUAUGGUUGCAGGAGAUGUUAUUCUCUUGGAGAAUUUAAGAUUUUAUAAAGAAGAAGAGCAAAAUGACUUAAGUUUUGCACAGCAAUUAUCACUGGUAGCAGAUGUAUAUGUAAACGAUGCGUUUUCUUGUUCUCACAGAAUUCACGCUUCUAUUGCGCGUAUUACGGAGCUCCUUCCUUCCUAUGUUGGAUUUUCCAUGCAAAAUGAAUUAAAAUACCUAGAAGAGUCAAUAUCGUUCCAAGCUAAGCCUAUUACUGCAAUCGUUGGUGGCACCAAAAUAUCGACUAAAAUUAAAAUGCUUAAAAGGCUAGCAGAGAAAGUUGACUUCCUGAUUUUAGGAGGUGUAAUUGCCAAUAGCUUUCUAUCAUUUAACGAGGUUAACAUAGGUAAAUCUUUGUUUCAAACAGGUAUAGAUCAUCUAUUAUAUAGCAUUAUAGAGAUAGCAAACAAGAGUUGUUGUAAAAUCAUCGCGCCAGAAGAUGUAUUGGUCGCAAUAAAUUCUGAUUAUAGUAUUGGUAUUGCAAAAAAAAUUGAGUCUAUUUCAGAUGACGAUAUAAUUUUCGAUAUUGGACCGCAAACUUUAGAGACAAUUAGUAGUGUAAUAGCAAAUAGUAAAACUGUAUUAUGGAAUGGACCUAUCGGGAUGUUUGAGUACUCAGCUUUUGCAAAUGGUACUAAGGACUUAAUGAGUAUUAUAAGUAACUUCACUAAAAAGGGGGUUUUAGUUAGUGUAAUAGGAGGUGGAGAUAGUUUGUCAGCAAUAAAUACUUCAGGUUUCACUGAUAAAGAUUUUACCUAUGUUUCAACUGGUGGUGGAGCGUUCUUAAGUUGGUUAAGUGGUGAUAUGCAUGCAAGAUUAAAGCUUUUUUAA